AUGUCCUUUCGUCAAUCUCAGCGAAUAACUCAUAUCACACCUUUACUUCUAAAAAGAACAACAGCUUGUCAUUUUAUACGAUUUUUAUCAACAGCCCCCACCACUAAUAAAUCUUCAUCACUCAUUCCCCAUUCUAAACCAUCUUGGUUUACAUCAACAAAAUAUUUUAUAGACCAUUGGCUGAAACCACGAAUUCAGCCUUAUAUUCAUAAACUUUCAACCUCAUCUGCUAAAAUCAAGCAAUUAAAAGAUAUUGAGGAUCCCAAAGAAGCCAUUCAACGUGCUAGUAAAGUUCUCAACGAACUUACAGGAUAUGAUCAAAUCGAUGCUGUCAAACAAAAAGUGAAUAACCAAGCUCGACUUUUUGAAACUACUCGUGACCAGGUUCAAGUAGCAAAACGUAACUAUGAAGCAGCUAUCGAAACACGAUCAUCGACACAACGAGAAAUCAAUGAACUUCUUCAACGUAAACAUGCUUGGCAAGAUCAAGAUGUGACACGAUUUACUCAACUCUAUCGUCUCGAACAUGAGCAUGCACAUCAUGAACAGCAAAGUCGUGAAAUCUAUCAACAGGCAGAACGUCAGAUGGAUCGUGAGUAUAUGGCCUUGGCACGUUCUAUUAUGGAACGAUAUCAUGAAGAACAAUUGUGGAGUGAUAAGAUUAGAAGUGUUAGUACUUAUGGUACAUGGGCUUUGAUGGUCAUUAACGUUGUCUUAUUCUUGGUAGUCCAGACAAUGCUAGAACCUCGAAAGCGAAGGCGUUUAACAGAUCGAUUUGAGGAACUAUUAGUAUUGAAGAUGAGUGAAUCAGAGGCACAAAUAAAGGCAUUAGUGAAUGAAUUGGAAAAAAAGGAAGGAAUGGUUUUGGAAAAACAAGGAGCUGUGAUGGAAGUAUUAAAUAACUUGAUGGGUCAUCCUUUAUUUGAUAAAGAAACAAUAGAUGCACUAAAAGAAAAGCAACAGCCUGUGAUAGAUCAGGAGCGAUUAAAAGAAGAUAAUUAUGUAGAAGAUUUACCUGUGUUAUCAGAACCAAUAGUUGACAUAGUGCUAGAGGAUCAUGAUCAUGAACAAAUAAUAGCACCGCUAAUACAACAGGAUUCUGUGACAUUGAGUAAAAAGAAGCUUGCUCUAUAUUCAUUAGAAAGUGCCUUGGCUGGUGGAUUAGUUACAGCCAUUGCUGCUUAUCUUUUCCGUUAA